AUGGCACCCGGUGUCUAUACCACCACCACCACCAGCACGGAGAGUGACUCCUAUCCCUCACAGGGUUCGGCGCCCGCCCCGCGGUUCCUCCCUCCCGGCACCUCGGUCGAAAAGUUCCAAGAGUUCGCAGCCAGCCUCCGGCAGGCGGUAGGAAAAGAAAACCUGCAGAUCAUCACCCAGGACACGGCGCUGGAAGAUGGCGACUACCUCACGGUCGACUGCCAGACGCACGACAUGCACCACCUGUACGACAGGGAGGAGUUCGUCGGCAGCGUCCUCGUCCACCCGCGGAACGUGGCCGACAUCCAGGCCGUGGUCAAGCUGUGCAACGAGUUCCUCGUCCCCGUGUGGACCUUCAGCAAGGGCCACAACAUCGGCUACGGCGGCGCCGCCCCCAGGGUCUCGGGGAGCCUGGUCAUGAACCUGGGCACGCACAUGAACCGCAUCCUCGAGGUCAACGCCGAGGACUGCUACUGCCUCGUCGAGCCCGGCGUGACCUAUCUCCAGAUGCAGAAGUACCUCGACGACAACGGCCUGCGCGACAAGGUCUGGCUGGACUCGCCCGAGCUCGGCUACGGCUCCAUGAUCGGCAACGCGCUGGACCACGGCGUCGGCUUCACCCCCUACGGCGACCACUGGAUGAUGCACUGCGGCAUGGAGGUCAUCCUCGCCAACGGCGAGGUCGUCCGCACGGGCAUGGGCGCCAUGCAGAGCCCCGAGGGCCGGAAGCAGGCUGCCCAGGGCGUGCCUCCUCAGGACCAGCACCAGAACGAGUGCUGGCAGCUUUUCCCCUACGGCUUCGGCCCCAUCAACGACGGCAUCUUCUCUCAGAGCAACAACGCCAUCGUCACCAAGAUGGGCAUGUGGCUUAUGCCUGCCGCGCCUGGCAUCACCCCGUUCAUGGUGACGUACGAGAGGGAUGAGGAUCUCGAGGCUGUUGUCGACAUCAUCCGUCCCCUUCGUGUUGUGAGUAACUGGCCUCUCCGGACACCCUCUGCAUCUCUGCCGCGGUCGAGUCGUUUGCUAACAUGCUUUGACAAGAACAUGGUCCUCCAAAACGCUGCUAGCCUCCGCCACAUCUCGCUUGAUGCAUCGCACUAUCACCCCAGAACGGAGUACACCGACAACCCCGACAUGCCCCUCACGGAGGAGCAGCUGGACGCGGCGGCCAAGAAGGUCAACCUGGGGCGCUGGGUCUACAUCGGAGCCGCCUACGGGCCCGAGCCGAUCCGCAAGGCCCAUCUCGAGAUCACCAAGCGGGAGAUGACCAAGGUCCCCGGCAGCCGGUGGUUCCUGCUCGAGGAUCGCAAGGAGGAGUUCAGCACCUUGCACUGCCGCGCCGAUACCAUGAGAGGUCUGCCAACAUGGGACGAGUUGCGGUGGUUGAACCACUGGAUCCCCAACUGCACGUUCCUUUCCUUCUCGCCCAUCUCCAAGGUCGACGGAAAGUCGGCCAUGAAGCAGUACACCAUGGCCAAGAAGCGCUUCGCCGAGGCCAGGCUCGACUACUUUGGCAUUCUCAGCAUCGGCAUGCGUGAAAUGCACAACAUCGUGUGCAUCGUGUACAACCGUGAGGACCCCGACAUGCGGCGCCGCGCGCAGUGGCUCGUCCGCACCAUGAUCCAGGACUGCGCCGACAACGGUUGGGGCGAGUUCCGCACGCACGUGGCUCUGAUGGACCAGAUCGCCGACACGUACGACUUCAACGACCACGCGCUCGGCAGGCUGAACCAGACCAUCAAGGACGCCCUGGACCCCAACGGCAUCCUGGCGCCCGGGAAGAGCGGCGUCUGGCCCAAGAGCUACGACAAGUCCAAGUGGGCGCUGAAGAAGGACUACAUCAAAUAG